ACAUUAAUAGCGGCUUCGUAUGAAAGAAUGUAAUUGUCUGCACGGUCUGCAGACCCAACUCUGCAGAAAGCGUUCGAACGAGCGCACAGUCAGGUGUUUUCGACAUGACACCACAACCAAACAGAUCAACUCAGUGGGCACGGAUCGAUUCAGUAGGAGCGCCACUGUGAUAUUUUUUCUUAGUUGUAAAGGGGAUUUGCGAACGUAGGCCUUCUUCACGCAAUUUGUCUGGGGUUCUGCUUUGUGGAGGCGCGUGUCAGAAAGUGCAAUUGAACAAUAUAGACACUUUACUACACCACAAUGACAUUAGAAUAAUGUUACCAUUUGCAAUAUUUCAUAAUUUAAGAGAGAAAAAAACACUUGGUUAUCACCUAGGCUACUGGUUUGGUUCGCCUCUCUCUCGUCAUACCCGUACAUCACUCCAAAGUCAUUACAAAAUAUUGCCAUCCCUUAUCCACCUCUGUAAAACAGGCUGCUAUUUCGAGGCAGUAGCUGUUCUGCUGCUGGUCCUGACGACAACGAGAAUAACUGCCGUGAGGUUUGCGCGCUGCCCACUGGACUCCGCUAGCUUUUAAUAGAUCAGCAAGCUUUCAGAAUGUUUCCAUGCUAAUGUGUUGUACACGUGGUUCACAGCUACAAUAUCUGAACUGUGGCGUCCUAUCGAAGGCAAAGUGCGAACGGGAGUCCUACUCGGUCUUUGUGUGCGAGAAAUGCGAAGCAUAAAGAAUUCGCCCGUGCGGUUUAGCCUAUUGAGAACAUAGAUCGAACUCUGUUUCCUCGAUGUAUGUGAACGAGGGCUUGUCCUGCGAUAGCCUCGUGCACAGCAAAAUUGGUGUUUGCCAGCAUGAACGAUGAGGAAACGAUAAUCUAACGACAACCGGCGCUGAUGCCACAACAUGCAAAUCAGGUUCCACGGUGAAAGUUUGCCAACUGUUCCUGAGGACUGCGCUCAAAUAACCGAUCUAACAAUUAAGAGGACAUCACAUUCUGAAGACGGGAACCGUAUUUAAAGUGGGGAUUUUAUCUCAACGUCGUGCUUUCGCAAUGAAGAGAAGGCAGAAGCGAGUGCUACAGUUUACCUUUCUAUUCAUGGUGGCAUUGAUUUUCUUGCCAAACAUUGGUCUGUGGUCCUUAUACAAAGACAAGCGGCAGAUCAAGUCACCGGAGACGGGUGAGCAGGGAUUUUCGUUCGGCCCCAGCGAAGGACACGUGGCCGCCUGGACGGACGGCCUGAGGAGAAGGGACUGGCACGACAGCGAAAGCAUCAGACGGGAGGAAAUGCGCGUGGGUAAAGGUGAACAAGGAAAGCCGUACCCGCUCAGCGAGGACGAGUGCGACGACUCCGCGUACAAGGAGAACGGCUUCAACAUCUACGUCAGCGACAACAUCGCCCUGGACCGGUCCCUGCCAGACAUCCGGCACCCGAACUGCAAGCAGAAGCUCUACCUGGAGAACCUGCCCAACACCAGCAUCAUCAUUCCAUUCCACAACGAAGGCUGGUCGUCUCUCCUGAGGACCAUACACAGCAUCGUCAACCGCACGCCCGACCACCUGAUCGCCGAGAUCAUCCUCGUGGACGACUUCAGCGACAGAGAGCACCUGAAAGCGCGUUUGGAGGUGUACAUGGCGCGCUUCCCGAAGGUGAGGAUUGUCCGGACCAGGAAGAGGGAGGGACUCAUUCGCACGCGGCUUCUGGGAGCUGCCACGGCCAAAGGAGAGGUCCUCACCUUCCUGGAUUCUCACUGUGAGGCCAAUGUAAACUGGCUGCCACCUCUGCUCGACCGGAUUGCGCAGAGCCCCAAGACCAUCGUGUGCCCCAUGAUCGACGUCAUCGACCACAACCACUUCGGGUACGAGGCGCAGGCGGGGGACGCCAUGCGGGGAGCCUUCGACUGGGAGAUGUACUACAAGCGCAUCCCCAUCCCCCCCGAACUGCAGAGCUCGGACCCCAGCGAGCCCUACGAGUCUCCGGUGAUGGCUGGGGGCCUUUUUGCAGUCAAUCGACAGUGGUUCUGGGAACUGGGGGGCUAUGACACAGGACUGGAGAUUUGGGGAGGGGAGCAGUUUGAAAUCUCAUUCAAGGUCUGGAUGUGUGGCGGAAGCAUGUAUGACGUGCCAUGCUCCAGGGUUGGCCACAUCUACCGGAAAUAUGUGCCCUAUAAAGUGCCAUCUGGUACCAGCCUUGCCAGGAACCUGAAGCGCGUGGCGGAGACGUGGAUGGACGAGUACGCCGAGUUCAUCUACCAGCGGCGGCCCGAGUACCGCCACCUGUCCACGGGCGACCUGGCCGCCCAGAAGGAGCUCCGCCGCCGCCUCAGGUGCCGCGACUUCCGCUGGUACAUGAGCACGGUGGCCUGGGACCUGGCCAAGUACUACCCCCCCGUGGAGCCCCCGCCCGCGGCCUGGGGGGAGAUCCGGAGCGCGGCGUCUGGCCAGUGCAUAGACAGCAAGCACGGCGCCACGGGGACCGAGCUGCGGCUGGACGCGUGUCUGAAGGAGGGAGCGGAGAGAACGUGGGCACACGAGCAGGUCUUUACGUUUGGCUGGAGAGAGGACAUCAGGCCUGGCGACCCGCUGCACACCCGGAAGUUCUGCUUCGACGCCAUCUCCCAAAGCAGCCCGGUGACGCUGUACGACUGUCACGGCAUGAAGGGGAACCAGCACUGGAGCUACAGGAAGGAUAAGUCUCUCUACCACCUCGUGAGCAGCAGCUGCAUGGACUGCAGUCCGGGCGAUAAGAAGAUUUUCAUGAGCAAGUGCAACCCGCAGUCUGAGACGCAGCAGUGGCUGUUCCAGCACGUCAACGCCACCGUCCUGGACAAAUUCAACAGCGCCGUCAGCUCCUAGGAACUGCCCGGGACAACAACCCAAAGGGACAACAGACCGAUCUGACGUACCUCCCCAAAAGCCCCGCUGCGGGACUGGUCUUCGGGAGUCGUGUUUUGCUUCUGCUGGUGGUGCUCUCUCAGGAUUUAUUGUAAUAGAAAAAAUAAUAAUUAUAAUAAUAAAGCGCGAAUAACAGACGGCCGGACGCUGGCCAGAAUGAAUGCAUGAGAUCUCCACGAGCACCUUGCUGGUCAAGGACAAGCAGACAUGAACUGCACUCUUCAGACCUGGGGUCAGCCUCGGGCCCAAGCCCUGCUGUAGAGCAGGAAGGACUGGAUUUGGGGAUUUGG